AUGGCACGCAGUGCUGCUCUGAACCCUGCCUCUAUGCCUUUCUUCCCUGGAGGCAUUCGAUCCAGUGAAGAAGGCGGCAGUGGUUUGGCACUGGGUCCUCAGAUUCAAACCCGGGACCAAGAUCGUAGCUCUAUGUCUUCUUUCUCGCCUUCAGAGUACCGUUCGGCUAGGUCGUCGCCCAGUCCGCCCAGGAGCGACCAGGGUGGCACCAACGAACCCAAUAUUAACCAUCGCCAGUCGCCCGUCUCGGUGGAUAUCGUGCGUCGAUCUCCCACAUUCCGUCAGGUCGAUGCCAGCAGGCCGUAUCCUGGUAUCGAGACGCGGGUGAGGGAACCGAGCAUGUUGGGGAGCUUAGAGUCGUUGCCAGAGGGCGAGGACACGCAAAUCACACCCGGACCUUUUCCUACGAACGGACACCAAGCGUCACCUUCGCCGUUCUCAUCCAUGCAACAGGAAGCCAGAGGUCAGUUCUCUACACCCCCCGUCGCCAUCAAUAGAAGCAGUUCAUCACACGGCGCGCCGGCUGGCGUUUUCCCAUCUUCUUCCCCGGUAUCAUCACUGGACUCAGGCAGCCAAUUCGCGGGUAGCGAUCACCUUGGUUUGGAGGCACAGCUACGGUCAUCGCCCGUCAUCCGGGGUAUCCUCGAAAGGCUUCAACGAUGCGAGUACGCCACCAGUGCCAUUCAACGGGACUUGAGUGAUGUCAAUCGCAAAGUUAGCUUGUUGGUUGAGCGUACUCUUGCGUCGUCCAGUGAACCAGAAUUCAAAGACCCGUUCGCUCCGACUAACGGAACAUUCACCCCUUCGCUUGGCAGACAUCGUCCAUCAAUUGGCAAUAUCGCACCCAAUCAGUCGCCCCCUGUGGAUGAUGUUACAUCCAUUUCCCAACGCCUCAACACGCUCACUUCGUCUGUCGGCCAGCUCCUGGCGCUACAAACCCAACAAUUACAGAAUGCAAACUCGAUUAAUGAACGUAUCUUGGGCUCCGCCAGCUACUCUCCAGCAGACCUUGCCCCUAAUCAAAUCCAUUCCCCGAACAUCUUGGGACAUGGACUGCCUAGUCGGCCUGAUAUGCGGCCUUCACCACGCGUGCCCAGCGCGCCCAUGCGUACAUGGUCGGCUGGGAAUCUUGACCUUCCCAUGCGGCCUUCCGAUCCCAACAUCAUCAGCAGACAGGAUGCCAUUCUUAGAGAUAAGCGGCGCUCAGUUUCAGGUCUUGUCCGCAGGGACUCAUCGGGGGUAAGAUUACAAAGGGAUACAGGACCGCAGAUUACGAAGUGGGACCAAUUGGCACUGGCGCCUGAGCUUUUACGUUCAUUGAGCAAGUUUGGCGUGGGACCCCCGAAUAAAAUCCAGCAACGAGCAUUGCCAUUCCUUUUGAAAGGUGCUGACAUCAUUGCACAAGCACCUCCCACCCAGGAGCGGAUCGCCGCCUAUGUGAUACCUGCCAUUCAGAUCGCUGUAGCCAACACUCGUCCCUCGAACCGCGGCCCUCUCGUCAUUAUGAUCUCGACCACCGUCGAUCAAGCCACACAGGCUCAACGCAUGAUAAGGGACCUGGGCGGGCCAAUUGGAGUACGGUCUGCUUUGGGUGUAGGAGCAACUUCGGCGAAUCAAAGUGACCUCACCCAGGAAUUGCGACUGCUGCAGCAAAACAUGCCGCACAUCAUCUGCGGAACGCCCCAGAAGUUGCAUGCCUUGUUUACGGUUCAAGGUGGACUUGUCGGCUCAGAUGUUCGCUUCUUGGUGUUAGAUGAAGUGGAUCAGCUUAUAGCGCGCAACUUGCAUGAAUUUGUGUUCAAUAUUGUGAAGCUCUUGCCACCUCCACGGACGCGCCCUUUGAGCACGGGUUCUGCAACACCAUCGAUUUCCCAACAGCCAUCGUUGUCCUCAUCGUUCGACUCUGCGAGCAGUGUCUCGCCUCCCAUCGGCUCCCCAUUCCAGCCCCAAGGCCGCAGAUUCUCUUUGGCACCUUCCCCUAAUCCAGAUAAUGGUCAAAGCACAACUCCUCAGCCUAUCGAGCGUCAGACCGCGUUGUUUUCGAACACCGUACCGCAAGAUGUCCUUAAUCUCGCGACGGCCAUCCAGCUUCGAGAGCCCGUCCGAGUCCUUGUUCGCCGCGACGGCAAUGUCAGCCAGUCCGAAGGAAGCCAAGGCUCUCGCGGACUUCGACAAUACUAUCUAUAUCUUGCGUUCACGGCAGGUGGUGGUAGGGCGGACCCUAGCAAUCCAGCUGGUGGCCUAGGUAUCAUCGGUUCUGGCAGAGGAGGGACAUCAAGCGCUGAAACGGCCCAGGCUCGUGAAUGGAAAUUGGAUGCGCUGGCGGACUUGUUUGACGACCUCGAUGUCUCUCAGGCAAUCGUACAUGUUGGUGGUAUGACUGCACUCGAUUCUGUUGUCUACAAGUUGGCAAGUCGUGGGCUGGAGGCAGUUCCUUUGCAUGGGGACAUGAAUGCAGGCACAAAAUUAGCGGCCUUGAAUAAAUUCCGAAACUCGUCGUCCAUCAUCAUGAGGCAGCCGACCACCAAGGUCCUGGUCGUUUACGACGUCCAAGUUAAAGCGCCUGAAGUUUCUCAUGUUCCUCUCAUUAUUAACUACGAUCUUCCAAAGGCAGUGGAGGAGUAUGCCCACCGCGUUGCCCCCGCUAUUGCAUCAAAUUACGCCCGAGCUGGCGUCGUCAUAAAUUUUGUUACCGCUACUGGCGGUGACGUGGAAAUGUUACGUUCUAUAGAGUGUUUUUACAAGAUCAAAUGCCCUGAAGUUCCUAUGAGUCUCCGAGACAUUCUUUAA